CGCCACCAUGUAUGGUGACGUGGUUUAGGAAAGAGCAUCUCAUCUGCACUGCCGUACACUUCAUCCUCAAUCCUGCCUCAGCCCCUCCCAACCUGCAGACACCGGGCAUUUUGUGCGAUGCAACCCCACGGUGACCGCUGCGUUCUCUUGCUCGUUGUCUGCUCGUGCCCUGCGACACUGAUACACACCGCCGCUCAGCCUGGGGCCGGCCAUCGUGUGAGAGGCAGAGUCAGCCCCGAGAGGCCCAGCAACUACGCGCGAUACGCUGAAGAUGAGCCCAACCCCGAGUUCAAGUAUGCACGGGAGAAGGACAACGCGACACACGUGCCGCUUGCACGCGGUGGCGUACACUUGUGGUGCGUGUGUCAGGUACAAGGAGAAGGAUUGGUACUUCUUUUACGUGUCGGACUUGCACAUCGUGCCCCGGUACGAUGGCGACUACAUCACUCAGAACACCUGCAGCCCGGACCUGACGGACCUGGAGAAGGACAGACUCACCGGUGGGAAGGAGAGGGAAGUGAGACCGACAUGUGAUAACGCUCUCUCCAUCCUCUGUGUUUGCUUCAGGCAACGAGAAGAACCCGUGAGAGGCAUGCACUGGUUGUUGAGGCCAAGCUGCCCGAUUGCUGUCCAUCGUCUCUUGCUGUUUGUUGUGUCUUACCAGGUGGACGAAGCCGGCGUACUGGGGCAGGUAGGCCGUGAAUGCACCAACACAUACGGAGACACAUCGCAGACCACCGACUCUCACUCUGUUUAAUUGUUUUGCAGGAUUGGCUGCGACCCUCCCAUCGAAAUGUACUACAGCCUGGUUGCAAAGACCAAACACAUUUCCAAGAUCAGGGGCAAGAAGAGCACUUUCACCAUCAUGACGGGCGACGUGGCCGGCCAUGGCAUGGACGAGUAUGAGUUCAAGGACACCCGCCGGUACCGCCCUUGAGAGAUGAGGACACAGACUCCAUUGAUGACCGUCUUGUGCAUACAGGUACCGUGCCGUAGCCCUGAUGCACAAGACGCUGAGGGACGAAAUCGAAAGCGAGCAGUUUAUUUGGGCGCCGGGCAAUAAUGACCUGUGGUAAGCAAGCUGAUUCCGCCGCAAGUGAUUCGGGCAUUCCCCCUUUCUCAUUCGCUUUUCAGGUACAAUUAUUACAUAGACACAGAGACGCCAGCAAUGACACUGGCCGAACUGCGCGAAAGCAUGGAGGGCCACGCACCCACAGGCAGCCAGCCCGAUCUGGAGGACAUGUGUGCCGGCGACCCCACUAUCUCUCGUGAGGAGGACCUCAAGGCGUUGGCUACCUCCGAGACGCUCAUGCGCAAGAUGGGGUGGCAGGCGGUGCUCUGGGAGAUAUUCAAGGACGACAUCAAGCCUUUCGCGGCCGAUGGGGAAGACCAGUCAGAGGUUCGGGCGGCAGAUGGAACACGAGAGACAUGAUCGCCGGGUUGGUGAUGUACCUCUUUGUGUGCAACAGACAUUUCUUUCAGGUGUGUUCUAUUCAGUGGAGGUCCCUCCGCCCGUCAAUGUGCGAGUGUUGGCGCUCAACAGCAUAAUAUGGCUGCAGGGCCAUGUGCGGAAGGACGGCCACAACUUCCCGUGGAACCAGCCAGGACGGUCGCCCGAAGACUUCCCUGAUCCACGUACUCUCUCAUAGAGCAAGAGACACAGGAGAUACACGCAUGGAUGGAUCUUUGCUUGCAUGCAGUGGGUCAGCUCGCCUGGAUGAGGCGGCAGCUGACCCGCGCCAAGGAGAAGGCGCAGAAGGUCUACGUCAUCCUUCAUGCUUUCCCUGGGUAAGCAAGAGGCGCCCUGCAAACACGCAUGACCUCACCUUGUGGCUGCAUUGCUGCAUUCAUUCGCCCUUCGCGGCACACACAACCCAGGUUCCAUUCGUUUCAUUACAAGAAGGAGGAGCUCUUCGAGAUACAGUUCCACGAGCUCUACUUCCGCAGGUACGUGCCACCAACCACACACCCACACGAUUGUGCACCAUCGUGUGCCGUGUGCAGCUUCCAGGAGAUCAUGUACCUCUACCGCGACACCAUCCUCGCCGUGUUCGCCGGCCACAUACACGGAGACUCCUUCCGCGUGCCCUACUUCAACACUACUGGCUACGAAUCGGCAGAUGUCAGCGGCUCUUCUCCUGUUCCCAGCAGUUCCUUCAGCGAGAAGAGCAUGCGCGACUGGCCGCAGCGAGUGCCGCUGCCUAAGGAAUUCCAUCAGGAGCUCGAGGCCCUUCCGCCAAUCUAUGUCGCCGCUGCGAUGGCACCCAUAUAUGGGAACAACCCCGCUUUCAAGGUUAAAGAGAAAGAGACACAAGCCGGCAGAGAGGGGCGUUUCUUGUUGCCUCUGUCAUCGCUUUCUUUGCUGCCCAUAGGCCAUCGAGUUCGAGCCUGAUCACAAGUACACAGACGAGACAUGCGCUCGCCAUGCGGCGCGCAGUGUCGUCUCUUUGUAUGUCUGUGUGAUUGUGUGUGCAGGUAUGUGGCCGACAUGGUGAGCUACUUCCUGCCAUUGGCUCAGACCAACAACUAUGAGGGCAGGCCACGGACCGAAGAAGCCGCUCUCACCGCAGACGACUGGUUCUUCUACUACCGCUUCACGGUUCUUCACACGCAAGUCCACGUCAGUCGUGUGUCUGCCAUCCCUUGUGUGUGUGUCGGUCAGGAUGCCUACGGGCUGGAAGGAAUGGACCAGCCCUCCCUGACUCGGCUGCUCACGCGUAUAGCCGACCCGAGGACCAAGGAGAGAGCCCUCUACUCUUCCUACUAUUAUGCCUCGGGCAACAUGUCCCCACAUAUGGAGUGUAUCAUGACGAGUUUGGCCUCAUACAAACAUGGUGGGUGUCUGCUGGACACUGUCAUCUGGCAGCAGGGAAAGCAGAGGCAGCGGCGGCAGCAGCAAGAGGGAGAGGGGGAGGGGGAGGGGGAGGGGGAGGAGGGCCAGCCCAGCCUUGACAUUGUCUUUGCCUGA